UCAGUCUGCCCCAGGGCAGCUGUAGCUACGUCAGUAGUUACCAUCAGUACCUAGUACCUGAAGUUUUGCCAGAGGUUUCAGAGGCUUCUGUCAGUCUAGUUUCUACAUGUUCCACCGACCGCUAAAAUGUCAAACUCCGUGGCUUUUUCCAAACUGGUGGAUGACGAAGGCAAUCGGGACACGUUAAGACACAGAGCUGAUGUGCAGCACAGCGAUCUGGCAGUGUUUCCGGUCAGAGUGACUUCCCUGGUCCAAAGUCCUUACAGAUUGGCCACCAUCUGCCUGGCUUCACUUUGUGCCAUUCUGCUCAUCUCCAUCAUAGCUGUCAGUGCUCACUAUAAGAACAGAUCUCAGAGGGGUGAUGAGGGAACCACAUUGAUGCAGACAGAUGUCUCUGCUCUAACAGCCUUAAUCAGCAAACUGCAGCAGGAGAAUAAACAGCUGCAGGAAGAGAAAAGGGCUCUGCUGGCCAAACUGGAUCUCAAAUUAACCACCAAAGCUCCUCCUGUGGUUAGCCUGAUGCCAAGCAUGACUGGGGUGCCAGUCGAAUGUCCCACAAACUGGCAUCUCUUCAACAGCAGCUGUUACUUCAUCUCCACACAGAUGAAACCUUGGAGAGACAGUCAGACAUAUUGUCAGAGGCAAGGAGCACACCUUGCCAUCAUCCACACCGCUGAGGAGCAGACUUUCCUGUGGGAUCUUCUUCCCAGAGCCCACUGGAAUGCCUACUGGUUCGGAAUCUCAGACAGACAGAAGGAAGACGAGUGGAAGUGGGUCGAUGGAACAUCUGUAGAGAAAAGUUUCUGGGAAGAGGGGGAGCCUAACAACCACAUCAACGAGGACUGCGGUUACAUCGUGAAAACUCAGGUGCUGGAGCGCGUGGCGAUUCGGAGCUGGUAUGAUGCUCCCUGUGAGAUGUCCAUAAAGUUCAUCUGUGAGAAAGAAAUGAAAACACAGUGAGCUUUGUCCAACCAUCUGCCAAAAACAACAAGUUCUAGGAUUUAUUAUGGUUUUACAUUCCCAAUCUCAGAGUUGUCCCACAAUGGUUUUUACUGUGACUUUAAUGUUAGUAACCUUUCUUUAUCUGAGCCGUAGAUUUGCAGUAGAUUUACAGUUUAGAAGCAGUAACUUUUGGUGUUCUGUUCAACCAUCAGGAGUGAACUCCAUAACAGCAAAAAGCCUUUAUCCUUCAUGAAUCAUUACUCAUGCCUGAGAUAAAGACAUCUUUGGGGGAAAGUUUAAAAAUGAAAUUCAGAAAACCAAGAACACGUUUUUUAAAAACUACAUAGAAACUAUUCAGAGGGAGUUACUGUUAACAGGAAAGUCAGUCCCUUAAGGCCACAGCUGCCAUUUUUUCAAAACUGAAACAAGUUUAAAUCUUCUGCUGCACAAUAAUAGGUUUUGAAACAAAGACUUUAAUUGAAAAAAUGUGCAUUCCAUUCAUUUCCCAUUGCAUGAAUAACAUUGGAAAAUCAAAGAGGAAAAAAAAGAAGUUAUCUACUGUGAUGUGAGAGACUAUUAGGAUAAUUUUGCUAAGUAAAUUUUAUUUUAAAGACUAAUUGGUCCCUGUGUUAUAAGACAAAAAGUGUGUGAUGACAUGAAUCCUUAUAAUAAAAGGUUUAUUAAAAACCUUUUAAUGCUUUUUUGGAUGUGUGAAUGCACAGUUCUGCAUUUACCAACAUUGUGAAGACCUUUUUUGAAGUUUUGUGGUGAAAACUUAUCAUAAAACUGCCACAGAAAAGAAUUCAUUAGUUGUGUUUUGCUGAAAUUUGCAACCAAUCAACAGAGAACUGCAAUACGUAAGAAAAUUUUAUUCAGCCGUCCAUUUUUUUUUUCUGUUGCCAUCUGUUUGUAUUCACUUACUGCAUGUAUAUGUUCAUGUCUGAGUUGCACCAUCCCAGCUGCCUGUUUCUGCUGGGAUGCACUGGAAGCUCUGUUAUGAUUCAGGCAUGUUUUGGAUUACAAACUAUUUUACUUACAUUUACAUUGAAUCAUUUUAGAUCUGUUGCAGACUACCGGUACUUUUUUGUUAAUAAAAAAAUGAUCUAUGAAGCUUUACCUUCAUGUUCGUAAAGUUUUGCCUCAGUUUUUGGAAAUAUUUUUACAUUUUUACUUUAACAAAAUCAGGGCAAAAAAAGUAGUUUUCUUUUACUUUUUAUUGAUUUUAUGAUUAAUUGUACAUUUAUAAAUACGAUUUUUUAAUGAAUUUUAGCUCACAUAAAUGUAAAAAUAUGUUUCAAGCAAAUUCAUCGUAAAAACUGAUCUGCUUUAAUAUCACAAGACUAAUGUCCCAGUUUUCUUCUUUAAUAAAGAUUUUUAAGAG